CUGAAUGUCCAGCACUUUCCCCCAGAAGACCUGAGGGUCAAAGUAUUUGGAAGAAAAGUGCUGGUGACAGGAAAACACGAGAAGAAAUGUGAUGAUGGCAGCGGCUGUUACAGCUACAAAUAUGGAGAGUUCAGGAGAGAAUUCCAGCUGCCAGAGGAUGUCGAUGCUGAAGCUCUUCGAUGCUGUUUGUCACAGGACGGUCGGUUAAAGGUUCAAGCCCCGCGCCUGGCACUGCCAACUGUGAAUGAACGGACCGUACCCAUCAACAUCACCUCGGAGACAACAGCCACUCCCCGGCUCAAUCCUGACCAAGAGGCAGAGGAACAGGAGAGUGGGAAGGAUGUGGUGAACAAGAAAACUGAAGAACAGAUGUCCAGUUAAUGCUCUGUUACAAUGAACUUUUGAAGAUAUAAUAAUUGUUCAAAAGCAGCAAUGAGUUUCUGUAAUGUGAGAUGAAAAUAUAUUUUUGUCAAAUCCAUUCUAUUCAAGUUGUAAAUCUGUAAUGUGCUUUUAUCAGAAUUCAUGUAGAAGUAAAUUAUUUAUG